GUAAACAUUAAAAAACAUAAAAAAUGGAUACUGGAUCGGACAAUAGUGACGACGAAGGCUCCAUUGGCAAUGGGGGCGCCGAUAUGGGGAUGGAUUUAACCGGCAUUCUCUUCGGCAACAUCGACUCCGAGGGCAGACUGCUGGCAGAUGAUGACGGCGACAGCGGCCGUGCAGGCACCGGGUUCGAUGCAGAGCUGCGGGAAAACAUUGGCUCCCUGGGCAAAUUGGGUCUGGACUCAAUGCUUCUCGAGGUAAUUGACCGCAAAGAGGCCGAACCCUUGUCCGACGACGAGGAUGGUGAGAAAUCUGACAAUGGAGAGAGAAGUGGUCUGAGUGCUUUUGAUGCUCUAAAAGCGGGCGUGAAAAACGAAGAGAACGAGGAUGGUGCGGUCAGAGCUCAGGACGAUGCCAUCGACUACUCGGACAUCACGGAACUGUCCGAGGACUGCCCACGCACGCCGCCAGAGCAGACGUCUCAGACAUUGUCCACCUUUGACGAUCUGGAGGAUGCUAUUCCCGCCUCCAAGGUAGAGGCCAAGCUAAGAAAUGUGUGUGUCUGGGACAAGGCAUUACAGCAAGAAACUAAACGCAGUAGUCUUCGAUUUAACCUUUUUGUAGCCAAAGACGACAAGGAGCUGAUGCCACCACCAAGUGCUCCCAUGCGUUCCGGCGCUGGCAGCGGCACUGAUGAGCCCGCCAAACCAGCUGAAGCUGCCACCAGUCCCGGCAGCGACGCCAAGACCAACGAUGCUAAAGAUGCGGACCGAAAGCUGGACACUCCGCUGGCAGAUAUUCUUCCUUCCAAAUACCAAAAUGUGGAUGUGCGGGAACUCUUUCCGGACUUCCGUCCUCAAAAGGUUCUACGCUUCUCUCGGCUAUUUGGUCCUGGUAAACCUACGAGUCUGCCGCAGAUUUGGCGGCAUGUACGCAAGCGCCGCCGAAAGCGUAACCAGUCUAGGGAUCAGAAGCUGACUAACACUGGUGGCUCUGAUUCACCCAGUGACACUGAGGAGCCACGAAAGCGCGGUUUCAGUUUGCACUAUGCCUCCGAGCCAACGCCGGUGGAAUGCAUGUCCGACGAUGAGGACAAGCUGUUAGGAGACCUUAAUAGCGACGAUGUGCGACAAGAGGGGCCGGAUAAUGGGGAGAACAGCGACCAAAAGCCCAAGGUGGCCGACUGGCGUUAUGGCCCGGCGCAGAUUUGGUACGACAUGCUGGAUGUUCCCGAUUCCGGUGAAGGAUUCAACUAUGGCUUUAAGACGAAGACGGUAAACUCUUCAGCACAAACGCAGCAAAAGGAUGAGCGGCGGGAAGAAGAGGUUGUACCAACAAUUGCGGAUGACGCUUUCCUGAUGGUGUCCCAACUACACUGGGAAGACGACGUGGUCUGGGAUGGCAAUGAUAUCAAAGCCAAAGUGAUGCAGAAGCUUAACUCCAAGACAAACGCAGCUGGAUGGCUUCCCUCCAGCGGUUCGCGAACAGCAGGUGCCUUCAGCCAGCCGGGAAAGACUGCUCUGCCUGUGGGAAACAGCGGUGGUAGCUCUAAACAGGGAUCCGCAGCCUCGAGCAAAAAAGCACAGCAAAAUGCUCAAGCAAAGCCAGCAGAGGCCCCCGACGACACCUGGUAUAGUUUGUUCCCGGUGGAAAAUGAGGAACUCAUAUAUCACAAGUGGGAGGACGAGGUUAUAUGGGAUGCCCAGCAGAUGACCAAGGUGCCUAAGCCGAAAGUACUCACGCUAGAUCCCAACGAUGAGAACAUUAUCCUGGGCAUACCGGACGACAUCGAUCCCUCAAAGAUCAAUAAAAACACGGGUCCACCACCAAAGAUCAAGAUUCCGCAUCCGCACGUGAAGAAGUCAAAAAUCUUGCUGGGUAAGGCGGGUGUGAUCAACGUACUGGCAGAGGACGCUCCUCCGCCGCCACCUAAGAGUCCGGACAGGGAUCCUUUUAAUAUAUCCAACGAUACGUACUAUACACCCAAGACGGAGCCCACUCUUCGUCUAAAGGUGGGCGGUGGCAAUCUCAUCCAGCACUCAACGCCGGUGGUAGAGCUGCGGGCUCCGUUCGUGCCCACGCACAUGGGUUCGACGAAGCUACGCUCCUUCCAUCGUCCUCCCCUGAAGAAGUACUCACACGGCCCACUGUCUCAAGUCUCACACCAUCCCGUCUUUCCGCUGCUGAAGCACAUCGUGAAGAAGGCCAAGCAGCGCGAGGUGGAGCGUAUCGCUUCCGGCGGUGGCGAUGUUUUCUUCAUGCGAAAUCCAGAGGAUCUUAGUGGCAAGGACGGAGACAUAGUGCUUACCGAGUUCUGCGAGGAGCAUCCGCCGCUGAUGAACCAGGUGGGAAUGUGCUCCAAGAUAAAGAACUACUACAAGCGCAAGGCAGAGAAGGACAGCGGACCGCAAGACUAUGUUUAUGGUGAAGUGGCCUUUGCCCAUACAAGUCCAUUCUUGGGCAUCCUUCAUCCGGGCCAGUGUAUCCAGGCGAUUGAAAACAAUAUGUACCGAGCUCCCAUUUACCCGCACAAGAUGUCGCACAACGAUUUCCUUGUUAUUCGUACCAGAAACAGCUACUGGAUCCGAGCGGUCAAUGCCAUCUUCACGGUCGGUCAGGAGUGUCCACUGUACGAGGUGCCGGGUCCAAACUCCAAGCGGGCCAACAACUUUACUCGUGAUUUUCUACAGGUAUUUAUCUACCGCCUGUUCUGGAAGAGUCGCGACAAUCCGCGGCGUAUACGUAUGGACGACAUCAAAAGGGCCUUCCCCGCUCACUCGGAAAGCAGCAUUCGCAAGAGAUUAAAACAGUGCGCCGACUUUAAGCGCACAGGCAUGGACUCCAAUUGGUGGGUGAUAAAGCCGGAAUUCCGUCUUCCAUCCGAAGAGGAGAUUAGGGCAAUGGUCUCACCGGAGCAAUGCUGCGCCUACUUCAGCAUGAUUGCUGCCGAGCAGCGACUAAAGGAUGCUGGCUAUGGCGAGAAGUUUCUGUUCGCUCCCCAAGAGGAUGACGACGAAGAGGCACAGCUAAAGCUAGAUGACGAAGUAAAGGUUGCGCCAUGGAACACCACCCGUGCUUAUAUCCAAGCCAUGAGGGGCAAGUGCCUGCUGCAGUUAAGUGGGCCGGCAGAUCCCACGGGCUGUGGUGAAGGAUUCUCUUAUGUUCGAGUGCCCAACAAGCCCACGCAAACUAAGGAGGAGCAGGAGUCACAGCCGAAACGGUCGGUUACUGGAACAGAUGCCGAUCUGCGAAGGCUUCCGCUGCAGCGGGCAAAAGAGCUGUUGCGAAAAUUCAAGGUGCCGGAGGAAGAGAUCAAGAAGUUGUCGCGUUGGGAGGUCAUAGAUGUGGUGCGCACCCUGUCCACGGAGAAAGCGAAGGCUGGCGAAGAGGGCAUGGACAAGUUUUCCCGCGGUAACCGCUUCUCCAUUGCUGAGCACCAGGAGCGCUACAAGGAGGAGUGUCAGCGCAUCUUCGAUCUGCAAAACAGAGUGCUAGCUAGCUCGGAGGUGCUAUCCACCGAUGAAGCGGAGUCCUCGGCCUCUGAGGAAUCAGACCUCGAGGAACUCGGCAAGAACUUAGAGAACAUGCUUUCCAACAAGAAGACCUCGACCCAACUAUCACUGGAGCGCGAGGAGCAAGAGCGCCAAGAGCUACUGCGGCAGCUGGACGAUGAAAACGGCGACGCGGGAGGACAGGGCGGCGCCAAGGGAGCAAAGGCCAAGGAAGAAGCAGCUCAGCAGCCAUUGCCCAGUAACAAUCAGGGCCGGAUCCUGCGCAUCACGCGCACCUUCAAGGGUAUCGAUGGAAAAGAGUACACCCGCGUGGAGACUGUGCGCCGUCAGCCGGUGAUCGAUGCCUACAUCAAGAUCCGCACCACCAAGGACGAACAGUUUAUUAAGCAGUUUGCCACGCUGGACGAGCAGCAAAAGGAAGAAAUGAAGCGGGAGAAGCGGCGCAUCCAGGAGCAGCUACGUCGCAUCAAGCGAAACCAAGAGCGUGAGCGACUAGCACAGUUAGCCCAGAAUCAGAAGCUGCAGCCGGGUGGCAUGCCCACUUCGCUGGGCGAUCCCAAAAGCUCCGGUGGCCACUCACACAAGGAACGGGAUAGUGGUUACAAGGAGGUCAGUCCUUCGCGGAAGAAGUUCAAGCUUAAACCGGACCUGAAGCUCAAGUGCGGUGCCUGCGGUCAGGUGGGUCACAUGCGCACCAACAAGGCCUGUCCGUUGUACACGGGCAUGCAGAGCAGCCUGUCCCACUCGAACCCCUCGCUGGUUGACGAUCUGGACGAUCAGAGCGAGAAGGAGAUGGGUAUGGACGACGACGAUCUGGUAAAUGUUGAUGGAACCAAGGUGACUUUAAGCAGCAAAGUGCUGAAGCGACAUGGAGGCGACGACAGCAGGCGUCGCAUGGGCUCCAGUUCGGGUCUAACUCUGAAGGUUCCCCGAGAUUCUAUGGGUAAAAAGAAACGUCGAGUGGGUGGCGACCUCCACUGUGACUAUCUGCAGAGGCACAACAAGACUGCCAAUCGGAGGCGCACCGAUCCAGUGGUGGUUCUCUCGUCUAUUUUGGAGCUCAUCCUUAAUGAACUCCGGUCCAUGCCAGAUGUAUCGCCGUUCCUUUUUCCCGUUAGUGCCAAACGGGUGCCCGACUAUUAUCGCGUCGUGACCAAGCCCAUGGACUUGCAAACCAUGCGGGAGUAUAUUCGCCAACGACGAUACACGAGUCGUGAGAUGUUCCUGGAAGACCUUAAACAGAUUGUAGACAACUCACUGAUCUACAAUGGAUCGCAGAGCGCCUACACAGUGGCCGCCCAGCGUAUGUUCUCCAGUUGCUUUGAACUGCUCGCCGAGCGUGAGGACAAGUUGAUGCGUCUGGAAAAGGCCAUUAAUCCACUGCUGGAUGACGAUGACCAGGUGGCUCUCUCCUUUAUUUUCGACAAGUUACACACGCAGAUUAAGCAGCUCACCGAAAGCUGGCCCUUCCUUAAGCCAGUCAACAAAAAACAGGUCAAAGACUAUUACAUUGUUAUUAAGCGGCCGAUGGACCUGGAGACGAUCGGAAAAAAUAUCGAAGCCCAUCAGUACCACAGUCGAGCAGAGUACCUGGCCGACAUUGAGUUGAUUGCCACCAAUUGCGAGCAGUACAAUGGCGCAGAUUCCCGGUACACGAAGUUCGCCAAGAAGAUGUUGGAGUACGGACAAUCGCAGUUGGAAGAGUUCGCAGAGCACUGCACCCAGCUGGAGGAAAACAUAGCCAAGACCCAGGAGCGAGCACGGGAGAACGCCCCCGAGUUCGACGAGGCUUGGGGCAAUGAUGACUACGACUUUGGACGUGGUAGCCGCGGUAGCUCCCCAGGCGACGAUUACAUCGACGUGGAGGGUCAUGGACAUACCGCCAUGCCUCCCAACUCCAUUCACCGCGGAAUGGGAGCGGAAAUUGGCAUUUCUCAUACGGCGUCGUCAUCGCGAAAGACUCAGGCUCCAGGUCCGGGUGAGGUGAAGCGCGGCAGAGGUAGACCCCGCAAGCAGCGAGAUCCUAUUGAGGAGGUCAAAGCCCAGAAUCCAAUUAAGCGUGGUCGGGGUCGUCCGAGGAAGGACAGCCUUGCCUCAAACAUGAGUCACACGCAAGCUUACUUCCUGGAUGAAGACUUGCAAUGCUCGACGGAUGACGAAGACGACGACGAGGAGGAGGACUUCCAAGAGGUCUCCGAAGAUGAGAACAAUGCGGCCAGCAUAUUAGACCAGGGCGAACGCAUGCAUGCCUCCGGCGACGACUAUAUCGAUCCUAAGAACAUCAAGACAGAGAUCGAUAUCGAGGAGCAGCAGAUGGCAGAGGAGCCGGUCGGCGAGGAUGACAGCCAGCAGGUGGCCGAAGCAAUGGUGCAGUUGAGUGGCGUGGGCGCUGGCUAUUACGCUCAACAGCAGCAAGAUGAGUCCAUGGAUGUGGACCCGAACUACGAUCCCUCCGACUUCCUGGCCAUGCACAAGCCGCGGCAAAAUCUCGGCGAGCCGACCAGCCUGCAAGGCGCCUUUUCCGAUUUCAUGCCCAACUCUCAGGAUGACAGUGGUGCUUACGGUUCAACGGAGGCCAGCACGAGUGCCGCUGCUGCAGCCGCUGCUACUGCGGCUGGUAUGGGUCUGACCACGCUCGAUGACGAAUCAGCGGCCAUGCAAAUGCCGUCGGAAAUGUCAACAGCUGGCAUGAACAACGGCUUGGGCAUAGACGACGAUCUGGACAUCUCGGAGAGUGACGAGGAGGAUGAUGGCACCAGAGUGCGCAUUAAGAAGGAAGUUUUCGAUGAUGGGGACUAUGCUGUGCAUCACCAACAGCAGAUGGGCUUGGGCGGUCAACCGUCGCAGUCGCAGGUAUACCUGGUGGAUUCGUCUAACGAGCCCACAACUCUCGACUAUCAGCAGCAGCCGCAACUCGACUUCCAGCAGGCCCAGGGAAUGGAGCAAAUGCAGAUGCAGCAGCGGGUGAUGACACCGCCACAACCGGAUCAAAUGCAGCAGCCUCCGCAAACGCCACAGGGAGACAACGAUUAUGCUUGGACUUUUUAGAACUCAAGUUUUAAAGAAUACCCGCUUAUUUUGGUUACACAAGAGAGUGAAAAAUAAUGUAAUUUUAUAAUGCCUUUUAAAUAAA